AGCCGGCUACAAGACCGCAAAGGAGGAAUGUAUUGUCGUUGUUAUUAUUAUUUACAAACAUGAAUAUAUUGUAUGUAUUUGUAAUUCGUUCUUGAGGUUUUUUUUGUAGUGAACGACUUAGUCAAAUGAAAACAAAUCGUACGUAUAGUCACGUGUGAGGUUUAUUUUCUUUUGUAAAUAAACUUGCGGUCUGCAGGACUCCACCUCCGUGUAUAUGAGUAAUGGUACAGUCUGCAAUAGGGCGCAUGAGUUCAUCUUGACUGAGCUGAAUUGACUACAGUAUAUGGAGGAGGAUUAAUUAAGGACCGAUUCCGGGUUGGACCGUGACUCACUGCGGCAGCGACACAUUUGGUUCGGGAACAUAUUAGAACGUUUACGUCGGAGAUAUACAUGUAUAUACAUGAUAUACGGAUGGCUCCAUGGAUGGAUGGAUAGCGUCGAGCUACAAACAAAUUCACCAUCGCAUCCAGUGUGUAGGUCGGAGGGAUAACGCCAUCAACAGGGUGAUUCGCACUAGUGCAUGUGCAUGCAUGUAGUGCACUGUGGAUAUUGUCAUCUGUAGUAUUCUGGAGGUGGAGGGUUUAAUCUGAGCUUCACAUUCCAGCUCAAGUGAAAUCUAGUGCCUUAUUAGGGAUUGUAGUGUAGGUUUGAGCUGCAUACACCAGGCCACCAGCAUGGAUUUAAAUGACAGCAGGUCGUUAUCCGAGCUCAUGGCCAGGUAUGAGGGCACGGAAACCGGAUUCGGUGUGCCUAAGGAUGGGUGGAGGAUCUGCCUGGCGCACGAGUUCAAGGAGAAAAGAAAACCUUUUCAGGCUAAAGACGUGUCCCUGUCCCACAUCCUGCAGCACAUCGGCCUGGGCUUCAGGUAUUUAAAAUGGUGGUACCAGAGAACAAAGAUUGAGAAGAAAGCACCCUUCAUAGACAUAUUCAAUGCUUUGCCUCUAAGGCCGAUUUAUGGUGCCCCCCUGGGUGGCAUUGGGGGAGGAAGCAUUACACGUGGAUGGAAGGGAGAGUUCUGUAGGUGGCAGCUUAACCCAGGAAUGUACCACUACAAAACAGUCAUUGCUGACCAGUUUACAGUUUGCCUACGUAGGGAUGGUCAGACAAUCUAUCAGCAAGUGUUGUCCACCGAACGUCCUCACACACUGCAGGACUGGAACUGGGGUUACUGUGGUGCGUUCGCGUUCUACCAUGCACUCUAUCCCCGAGCCUGGACCGUCUACCAGCUGCCCGGCCAGAACGUCACCCUUACCUGCAGGCAGGUGUCACCUGUCAUCCCACACAACUACAAGGACUCAAGUUUUCCGGUUGCCGUGUUUGUGUGGGAUAUAGAGAACAAGAAUGACUACGCACUGGAUGUCACAAUCAUGUUUACCAUGGUCAAUGGAUCAGGCCACAAGGAGGAAAAAUGUGGCGGUCAUUGGAAUGAACCAUUCCACUUGGAAAAAGAGGGCGAGUCAGUGUCAGGGGUUUUGCUUCACCACUGCUCAGCGGUGAACCCGUACACACUGUGUAUGGCAUCUCGAGAACAGUCCAACAGAAAGAUUACCCACCAGACUGCUUUCAGUCCUAACGACACUGGAAAAGCUGUUUGGAGUGAUCUGAUAAGUGAUGGCCAGUUAGACUCACCCACUGGCUCCAGCCCUCCAAUUCAGAGAGGAGAGACAGUGGCAGCGGCACUGGCGGUGGGCUGCUCUGUGCCUGCUCAUGGACACAACAGCCUGGAGUUCUGCCUGGCCUGGGACAUGCCAAAAAUUACUUUUGGCUCGAGGGAAAGAGAGCACAUCAGACGUUAUGCACGUUACUAUGGUACCAAAGGAAACGCAGGCCCAGCUCUUUCACACUACGCACUUACACAUUACAAAGACUGGGAGAAGGGCAUUGCGGAGUGGCAGAGACCUAUUCUGGAAGAUGGUUCUCUCCCUUCCUGGUAUAAAUCAGCCUUGUUUAAUGAGUUAUACUUUGUUGUGGAUGGGGGCACGGUGUGGUUGGAGCUUCCCGAAGACUGGGAUGUUAGUGGAGGGCUUCGCCCAGAAGAAGGUGGUCUUCCUGCACAGCCCCCUGUCCUCAAGGAAUAUGGCCGCUUUGCCUAUUUAGAGGGUCAGGAGUACAGGAUGUACAACACAUACGAUGUGCACUUCUAUGCCUCCUUUGCACUUAUCAUGCUCUGGCCCAAACUGGCUCUGAGUCUACAGUAUGAUAUUGCUGGUAGUGUGGUACAGUAUGACCCCACAGAAAGGGUGAACCUCAUGAAUGGGCAUUGCUCACCUGUUAAGACCAGGAAUGUAGUACCUCAUGACAUUGGAGACCCAGAUGACGAGCCUUGGCAACGUGUCAAUGCCUAUCAAAUUCAUGACACGGCAGACUGGAAAGACCUGAACCUGAAGUUUGUUCUGCAGGUGUACCGUGACUACCACCUAACUCAGGACCUGCAGUACCUGAUGGACAUGUGGCCCAUCUGCCAGGUGGUUAUGGAGACUGAAAUGAAGUUUGAUACAGAUGGGGAUGGCCUAAUAGAGAACUCCGGCUAUGCUGACCAAACUUAUGAUGGCUGGACUGUAACAGGACCCAGUGCAUACUGUGGGGGUCUGUGGCUGGCUUCGCUGUGUGUGACGUGUAAGAUGGCACAACUUCUUAAAAAUGACUCUGUGUAUGAGCGCUACAGAGACAUCUUGAAGCGAGGCAGUGCCGCCUUUGAUAAACUACUGUGGAAUGGCAAAUACUAUAACUAUGACAGCAGUGGGCGAAAUAUGUCCAACAGUGUGAUGUCUGACCAAUGUGCAGGCCAGUGGUUCCUCGGGGCAUCUGGAUUAGGAGAUGAGGAGUUUGAGGUUUUCCCUAAGGAGAAGAUCUGCAGUGCGCUGAAAAGCAUAUUUGAUCUGAACGUGAUGAGCUUUGCAGGAGGACAGAUGGGGGCUGUGAAUGGCAUGAGACCAGAGGGUGUGCCUGAUCGCUCCAGCGUCCAGUCAGAUGAGGUCUGGGUUGGUGUAGUCUAUGGAUUGGCAGCUACUAUGAUUCAGGAGGGUCUGUUAGAGGAAGGACUUCACACUGCUGAAGGUUGCUAUCGGACAGUGUGGGAGCAGACAGGAAUGGCCUUUCAGACUCCUGAGGCAUACUGUGAAAAAGGGAUCUAUCGCUCCUUGGCUUACAUGAGACCUCUCAGCAUCUGGGCCAUACAGCUGGCCCUGGACAAUCGGACAAAUGUGAGCAAGACUACGCAGCCAGACAGCGAGGCAGCUCGUUUACAGACGGCCUUACAGGAUGAACCGGUUAAAGAGAAUUGCCAUUAAUGACUGUGUGCAUGAUCUGAUCUCAUUGCACACUACUUUUCAUCCCAGAUUAAAUGUUCAUUAAAGCUGCCGUUUACUUCCCGCAGAUAAAUGCGUGAUUCCAUGUAGCAACUUUGAGUAUAGUAAUAGUGGUGCUUCUGUUUGGGGAAACAAGUUUUACAUACAGUGGAUGAACACAUAAUCUAUACCCCUCAGACAUGAGAUACACUCAAGUCUUUAGCUAAAGCAGUGAGAGCUAGAGAGUGCAGGCAUGAGUUUAUGUAUUUCUACAGUUAGAAUGAUGUAUUUUAGUUUAUGAUUAUCAAAUAUUUGCAUUUAGCAAUUUAAUUGUUUUUGUCCAUUUUAUUAUUACAACAGUUGUCCAACCCUGAUAGUGUAAUAAUGCACACAAGACCGAGACUGAGCUGCCAUGUUGAUAUGAUUUAGACUUUUUGCAGUGGUUUGAUUUACAUUUGUAUUCUGGAAUGCAUUGCAUUGUGUGUGUGCAUAAGUUUAUCCAUACAUUUUGAAGGGCAGGGUGGAAUGUAAUUCAUGAAUAAACUUUAAAGUGUACUGGGAUAAUUCAUAUAUUGGGACACCCUAAAAAUUAUUAAACUGCACUUUCAUGUG